GAAGACUCAAAGGCAAAGCGACAGUUUCUUCAGAAUGCACAGAACAAAGGCAGGUGCAAUUUGGAAACAAGGUGAGGCAUGAGGCAGAGGAAGGGUCUAUGAACGUCAGGAAUAGGAGGGGUUGUACCGUGUAUUUCACGAGCAUCGCAUUGGAUGUGGAGGCAGGAAGGUGUGAGCGCUGCGCGCGCGGAGCGGAGCUGCUGUAGUUGCGCGAGCGUCAGUCAGUCACCUGCCGUCAUUGUUUCUCCGGUCAUGGACUAGUGCAGUAGUUUGGCACAUGACGGAGAAGAACGGGAGCCACAGUUGUUUUUCCAAGCCAAAGGACUAUCUACCUCGCUGCCUUCGCAAACAUUGUUAGAGUAGCUGGCAUUCGUUAUUUAUGAUUAUUUAUAUUUAUUUAUAACCCGCGCGUUUCGUAUCCACACUGCACUGAAUUUCGCGCCCCGAUGCUUUUACAUCAGUUCGUGAAUGGGACGUUGGAAACGAUGUAUCCCAGUAUUCAGAAAGACACGACUUUCACCAAGAUCUUUGUCGGCGGUCUGCCGUAUCACACCACGGACGCGUCGCUCCGCAAAUACUUCGAGACUUUCGGCGACAUCGAUGAAGCCGUGGUAAUAACGGACCGACAGACGGGGAAAUCCAGAGGAUAUGGCUUUGUCACAAUGAUAGAUAAAAGUGCAGCCGAGAGAGCUUGUAAAGAUCCCAACCCUAUUAUUGAUGGACGCAAAGCUAAUGUCAACCUGGCGUACCUUGGGGCCAAACCACGCAGCCCACUGACAGGAUACUCUACUGGAGUACAGCAGGUUCAUCCAGCCCUGAUCCAGAGGCAGUAUGGACUCAGCCAGCCAUAUGUUUACCCUCAGGCCUUCCUGCAACCCAGUCUGGUUCUGCCCGCACAGGUCACAUCCUCCACCGCCACAACCCCCUACCUUGACUUCAGCACUGCCUACAACCAGUACGCCUCCUCGGCCUUUGAGCAGUAUCCCUACGCCCCCUCGCCAGGCUUCCUGAGCUACAUGUACCCGCCGGGCACCCCCGGGCCCUCCUCCGCCACCUCCACCCCUCUCUCUGUCGGAGGUGCCCCCACCGCAGCCUUCAUCCAGCUUCCUCCUCAUCAGCUCCACACCGACCGCCUGUAGAACAGGCUACAAGGACCGACCGAGUAUGCUGAAAUUGCACUAGAACAUCAUCAUUAUGGGACAGGGAAUUGUGACAUCAUCAGCCUGUGACUGGGGUCGCAUACAAAGGGCUUCGAGUUUUUCUGCUUUUCAUUAUCCCUCAGUUAAUGGACUUUUUCUCUGAAUGGUUACUCUUAUGAUUAAUUAUGAUAUUAUUGUCAUUAUUAGUAGUUAAGAUUGUUGAAGAACCAAUAUUAGAUGAAUAAAUGGUGGAUUGCAGGGAUUGCAAUUCAGAUGGAUCCAGUGAAUAAGAAAUGACAGGUUAUACAUUCAUUACCGUUCAAAAGUUUGGGAGCAUUAAGCUUUUUUAAUGUUUUUGAAAGAAGUCUCUUAUGCUCGCCAAGGCUGCAUUUAUUUACAUUUUUACAUUAUUACUAUUAAUUUAAAACAACCGUU